AUGGUAUGUGGACGACAACAGACCACAGACGGUGUUUGGGGAUGGGUUAUCACAUUUGCAUCAUUCAUGAUCAACCUGCUUGUGGAUGGAGUGUGUUGCACAUACGGAGUCAUCUUCCCGGCACUUCUCGACCAUUUCGGAGAAAACAAAGCGAUGACACAGCUGUUAAACUCAAUAUUGAUUGGAACCCUUUUCGCUUUUGGUAUUGGAUUUGGCAUGAUGUAUCUACCGGCGAUUGUGAUAGUCUGUUCACACUUUGAAAAACGAAAGUCCUUGGCCACAGGGAUUGUCGUUUGUGGCACUGGAGUGGGAGUGUUUGUGUUUGCUCCUCUAAGCGAAUUUCUUUUGGAGACAUACUCUUGGCGUGGAACAAUGUGGAUUAUUGCAGCACUUAAUCUCCAUGGUGUUAUUUUUGCAGCCAUCUACACAUCACCAGAAACAGAUUCUCGACGUAACAUUACUAAAGUCACAGGAUUUCAAACUCUGUCUCAACAAAGUAAUGAUAUUGCAAGUGAAUCCAAGGAUAUUUGUCAACGAUUAUGUUUACCAUUUAAAUCCAUGUUUGAUUUUUCGCUCCUUAAAAGUCCUACCAUGUUGAUGUACGGGGCAUCAUGUUUUAUCAUCAUGUUAGCGGGUUUUGCCUGUCUGAGAAGUCUUAUGAUGGUAGAGCUUUUACCGGAAUAUGAGCCACACAGUUCGUUUGGAUUAGUUUCUCUGAGUAUGGGACUGGCUGUAUUCAUUGGACCACCUGUGUCAGGAGCAUUGUCUGACAUCAGCGGAAGUUACAACAUGGCCUUCUACUUCGGCGGCACCUCUCUUGUACUUGGAGGUUUAAUAUCCCUUCCUCUAAGACGCCUCUCAGAAUGGGAGAGACGUAAACAGAAGGAUGAAACAGUUGAUGUAGAUCGGAGAGAAAAAAAUGUUAACAUUUUAUCGACUGAAACUAAGAGCUUAUGGCGGUCUUACGUGCGUGUGACCUUCAAACCAAUCAAUGACAGUCAGUUUGUCGUCAAUUUACAUAUGCCGGUAUUUAUCAAUUAA